GGCAGCUCAGCACGCAUGGUCCAUCCUUUCGCGAGCUUCCACAGACUGGCCAAGCAAACAACGAUGCCGCCUAGCGUCCACAAAGUCUUUGUCCAAGCCAUCCAGAAGGCGGAGCCUGGCGUAUCCGUCUCGCCGUCCUCAUCACCGCCCAUUCAGUCUUCCUCCGGCCAAGGAUACAUUGGGAAGAUUGGCGCACCCUCGGACGGAGAACAAUUCAACGGCGAGGCAGAAUCCCUGAGAGGGAUCAAUACUGCCGCCCCUGGUCUCGCACCCACCCUUCUUGCGGCAGGUAUCUUCGACGAGGAGACCGCAGAAAAUGAUAGCGAGAUCGGCAAGCCGUACUUCUUGUGUGAGUACAAGCACAUCGAUACUCUCACCGACAAUGCCGCCAAGGCCUUGGGCAAGAGACUAGCCACGGAAGUCCCCACGUUCUGCGGUCAAACCAAACAAGCCAAUGGCUGGUUUGACUCCUGGGAGGAAUGCUUCGACGCACUCGUCGGGAGCUUGUUCGAUACACUCGAAGGCGGGGAGGCUAUGAAGCACUCUGCAAGCAGGAGCGGGAACACUGGAACAGACAAGAAGACGGGUCAACCUGUUAUUUUCGAUCCUUCGUCGUACUAUGGCCAUAACGAGGCGGACCUAGCGAUUGCGCGCAUCUUCGGUGGCAUACCGAAGUCGUUCUUCAAGACGUACCACGAGUACUUACCGAAAUCGGAACCUGAGGACCAAUACGAGCUCCGCGGCGACCUAUAUGAGCUGUAUCAUUACCUCAAUCAUACAGUGUUAUUUGGGGGCUCCUAUGCUAGCAGUGCGCAGCAGAAAUUGAACCGCUUGCUAAAGGCCAUUCCUUGAUAGACGAGCUAUUACUUAGACAUUCAUAUCUUGACUGUAUUAACAGGAAGUCUAGUGGUCAGCGUCGGUUCUGCGCUCUACUAUGCAUGCCACAUAUUACCUGAGUGCGAUGCCGUUCGAUGC